AUGUCAGUUUUAUGUCACACCUUGUUUAGUUUUUUUAAGGACCUUAGGAGUUUAUACAAACCAUAUACAGCAUUUUCUUUCUUUUUCUUCCCAUGUGCUAUAAAUAUGUAUGGAAUUAUAAAAUUUAAUAAUUCAGAUUACCAUAUAAAUAAAAGCGUAACAGAUGCCAAUGCAUAUAUGAAAAGGACUGCCCAAGAAAAAUAA